AUGUCACAAACAAGUGAAAGUAAUGAAAAUUCUGCUCCUAAUAUAAACAACAGUGGAAUAACUGAAAAUGAGAGUGAUGGUGGAGAUUCAUUGUCUACACAUUCAAGACAAAGUUAUGAUUACAAUUACAAUUCUGAAGAAGAGGAAGAAAAGGUACGAUUAAUAUCUCAAGUAUUAGUAUUACAAAAAACAUUAGAUGAUUUAUCAAAACGAGUUGAUUCAGUCAAAGAAGAAAAUCUUAAACUACGCUCAGAAAAUCAAGUACUCGGUCAAUAUAUUGAAAAUUUAAUGGCUGCGAGCAAUAUACAGGGUAGUUUUAUACGUGUACCACCGCCAAAAAAACUAACCAAGUCAAUUGACAAACGCCGUUCGUCCGAGGCACAACAACGACGCGUACCCUAUCGUUUGAGUACUACACCUGCACGAGAAAAACCAAAAGCGACAAAAAUUGUACAACCAGUUAAAAAUGAUGAAACAGAAAAGCUGAGAAUGAAAAUUACUAAUUUAGAAGAUGAAAUUGGUCGAUUAAAACGAAAAAUUGAAGAAUUAGAAAAAGAUAUUAUUGAUUUACAAAGACAAUCACGAAUAAAAGAGAAAAAAAUAACCGAUUUAACAAAACAGAAUGAAGAAUUGAAGAAAAUGGAAAUUUCCUAUCAAAAACAAAUUAAUGAUUUUCAAUUAUUAAAUACUCAAUUGCAUGAUGAAAAUGAACAAUUAAAAGCGGAAAUCAAUCGUUUAGAAAUUUUAUUAAAAAAUGCUUUACAAUCAAAUAAAGAAAUGGAAGAAUUACGCGAAUAUUACGAACAACAAUUACAACAGAUGCGAAAUGAACAUGCAAAAGAAUUGAAACAACGUGAUAAUAAAAUCGAAUUUUUAAAAAAACAAAUUGCCGAUUCAUUGAAAGAUAAUUCAUGGGAACGUCAAGCGCAAAUAGAAGAGUUGACAAAACAGGUGAAACGUAAACACGAAGAAUGUGAAUUAAUUAAACACAAAUUAUCUAACUAUCAGAAUAAAAAAGGGUGUGCGAAUUGUUCCGAUAUGGCCACAAAAUUAGAGGAUAAAACGAAGAUAUUACGCGAAAAGGAUUUGAUUGUUCAAGAGCUAUUAACAUUGAUGCAAAAAUUUCGUACACAAUUGACUAAUCAGGAUGAUUUAAUGGAAUUAUUAUCAACAUACAAUAAUACAUUGAUACAUUGA